ACGACGCCAACGUUGUUACAAUGUGAUUGUGGUAUGAUGGACUCGACAAAUAUUUUGAGAAAAAAGAACCAGCUUUUUGGUAUCAAUUUCUUACAACAGAUGUCUAAUGAACUGUUAACUUUAUCUCUUAGGCACGUUGGUUGAUCCACUCCGGCAUUAUAUACAAAAUUGAGUCUCGUGACUCGCCACACAAUAUUUAUGUACAAAAAAAAACCGGAGGGACUCUCACAGCGCAAUUACGUUUGUACUUAUGGUGCGUGUGCGCACUCCUCGUUUUGAUUGGCAAAAUGCGUUGUUCUUUUAACCACACCCCUCUGACAAGUUUGAGCCAGCCUUUCCUUCACCGCAAACCUUGCACCCAGCAAAAGCAGGACCUGCUUCUACGGGGUAUAAAGUAUACGGACCCCUGGAUAGCUAGGGUACAUAGCCACAGGCCGAGUCGGGAGUAACUUCCUUUGCGUGAUGGCAGCUAAGUCUAUUCCCUGAUACACGAGGAAUAGCCUACAUGUAUGCACAGGCUUUGCUAGUUACACGCUGUAAAAACCUCUAGGUGCAGUGGCCCGAGUGUGGUACGUUGCUUAUAAGUGCUUACUUCCGCGGCACUUUACAGCAUUAAGAACUAAUUUGCUUCAACUGAACAUGUGAAAGAGUACAUUCCGAGAAAAGUACGAGUGGAACAUGAUACUGGCUUGAUUGACCGGACUGUGCAUGUAACAUCAACAAAGGAGGUAUUUUUUCCCUUCAUCAUACGUUGUGAGGAGGGUUCGAUACGGACGGACUUAUAACACGGAGAUGUCGUGGGGAGUGGUUGUGUCGCAUCAGAGGUUGCCUUGGCCGCUCAGGAGCUGGAUCUUGCCGUUGCUCUGCCUGGGCCUAGCGGGGCUCGCAUCCGCCAGACACCCGCAGCAAAUCCACCCGGGGUUACCUGGUGUCUGCAGGGCCAUCAUCAGCAAGGUGCAGUCAUACACCGAGUCUAACCUGCAGAGUUCCCUGGUGGGAGUAAAGGGAGGCAUUUGCACAUGGCUAGAACUCAACGGAUGUCAACAAUACAAGGUUGUGUUUACUCCUGUUUACAAGGUAGCUUUUCGCACAGUCUAUGUCAGUGGCUUCGUAUGCUGCUCAGGAUACACUCGAGUUGGCAAUUCAUGUGUGCCGAAUCAACCCACAACAGCGGUUCCGCCAAUGCCAACUCCCAGCAGACCACCGGGCAGCACGCACCCUGUGACGGGUCCCUCGCCCGGGUCGGAUAACGAUCAGGAUGGGUCCACGGUGCCUGGAUUCACGGGGCUCUUCAUGACCGCUCGCCCGGUCACGCCUCCCCCGGGCCCCUCCACCAAGAUCCCCGCUACUGAUGCGGGCCUACCCAAACCUGAGCGCACCCCAGGGGCCGAAGUGGACCCCCCUGGACCCAGGGACCGGCUGCUCAUCAUCCUCCUUGUUCUUGUCAUCUUGGUGGCCUUGUUUGCUAUCGCCAGUUUUGCUUUUCACUUAGCCAAGCUGUGGCAUCGCGGCAGACUGGCUUGUUGCUUCGGCAUUUUAUCCUUACCAAGGAUACGUAAUGGGAGAGAUGUCCCCGAAGACUCUCAGAAGAUCAAUUGCAUCCUCAGUACAAUUAGCUCUGACUGCAGCACCGAGAGUGUUCGCUCCGAUCUGUCCACUCUAUCACAUCGUUCCGGCUCCGAUCAAUCCGGUCGUUCCGGCUGCAGCGAGGUGACUUUCAUCAGUGACGACUCGGACUCCGGGAUCGUCAAGCACGUGGUGUACGAGAGAUGCUGGAAGGACACCGCCAGCCUCCUCCCCUACGCCUCCUCCUCCUCCUCUUCCUUCUCACAGACCUCGCGGGAAUCCAGGUCAAAGGUCACCGGACUGAUGUCCAAGAAAUGCACGCCUCUGCUUACCAUACCCUUGACUCCUCUGGCCAAAAAGCGACGCCCCUACCCGCCACUCCCAAUUCGACCCGAACCCAUUUAUGACACCACCCCUCGUUCACCUCCCUUACCCGUUCCCGUACCCCACACUAAACGCUCCUCGCCUAUCCCUCGUCAGCCCUCACCCGGCCCUUACAGCUACACUAGCUUGAACAAGCGAGACCGUAAGAACCCCUCUCCCCGUGUCGACAUUCAGUCACCAGUUGGGCGCGAUUUCGCAGUCGGUCCCAGCCAAACUACAACCGAGGACUAUACACAGGAGUCAGUCAUCAGCCACCGUUACAUCAACGUCAAAAGUGCUGUCAGAGAGAAGCUGCGACCAGUCUACGUGACCCUUGACCCCGAGACAGCCACAGACAGCGUUUACGUGGGAACCGAGUGCUGCGAAGGUGAUGAUGACCCCUGGAUGACGUCACACUCACCAGAAUCCUCGUCUAUUAGUUCCGUUGGUUACUGCGCCUUGUCAAACCAGGUUUUUCCUCAUCGAGUCAGCGGGAACGGUUACGAUAAGUUAGAGCGUUGCGGGCAGAAUCUACCCCUGGCUCCGGAGAGCUUUCCCGCGCCGGAAUACGCCGUUCCCUCGGUGACUACCUCGACCAGCUGCUUGGUAGUCGAAACAGAAACCGAGGACCUGGAGUGCCGAGCGUCCCCGGACAUAAGACGGAGCGGGACCUUUUCGGGUAUGACCUUGGAAUACCGGAAGUUAUCCGAGGACAUCAAAACCGAGGACACGGAGCAAGAGGAACGGUACAUCCGGGCACCGAGACACAACCACAAGGAGUUGGUCUUCAUUGAUACAGUCAGGAGGGUUAAGAUUUCGACUCCAACCAUGAAGCACAACUCCGUGGGCUGAAGAUGAACAAGUCGUCAGCAGCAACAAUUGCCAAUUAUGCGCCUCAGAAUCGAUAGAUGAGCUGAUGUGAUAAGAUGUGGAAUGGCUUGUGGUUGGAGACCGAGUCACGUGACUCGAAGGCACGAAUCAAAUGAUGACAUUACAGGGCAGAGCAAAUCAGUGGCUGAUUGGAACAGUGUGAUUGGUCUAGUCAACAAUGAACGUAAAACAAAUUAAAAAGAAAACUUAAAACAUAAAAAAAGUUCAAAAUGGCGCAUUUUAUAAAAGGAGAAAUGCAUCCCCCCUGGCUGGUUGCCCUAUGUAGUGCUGAUGAUGGUAAUGCCAUUUUAUUGCAAUUGUAUAAAGAUGAAGUAAAUUU